AUGGUGUCAGAUGAUAAUUGGAUGAAGGAUGUCGGUGCAGCGAUCAGAUUCUGGCGCAUUCUUUUCUUGAAGGUAUGCGGCUGUUCCUUGGUAACAGGGGGACUACUUAUACUUUUUGAUUCGGGAAAGAUACUUUUAUCGCGGCUAUUGUCAUCUGGACCACUCACAUCCAUGCCCCAGCCAUUCCUGUAUUAUAUUGCAAUUGGAAUAAUAUCGUCGGGAUUAAUAAUUGUUGGUAUCGGAAUCAUCGGAUGUUGGGCGUCCUGCUUACAUAGCUACUUUUUACUAACGGUGUAUUUUCUUGUGAUAAUGGCAAUGUUGAUUGUGGAAUGUGCCGUAUACACUGUGUCGUGGGUAUGGCCUCAUUGCAUCGGGUUGGAUUUAAAUAAAGAUGAAUUAAUCAAAGCUUUGCAAAGUAAUUAUGGGGUUCCUGGACAGGAACAAUUCACGGCAGCCAUUGACUUAACACAAGCCAUUUUCAAAUGUUGUGGAGUGGUAUCUGCUAAUGAGUAUGAUACAUCACUGUGGAGACUGCAAAAUUUGGGUCCAAACAAACUAUCUGUUCCUUUUACAUGUUGUAUUUUAAAUAAUGUCGUCGAAGAACAAGCCUAUUUGAAUCCAAAUCCUAACAACGCUACUCUUUGUCAGGCAUUGGAAUCUACACGUCACGAAGGGUUCCGUUAUAAAAAGGGAUGUAUUGAACCACUUGAACAGUGGUAUAAACAACAAUAUGUGAUGUUUUUGGUUACCGGAUUGGUUGUUGUCCUUGUUGAAUUUUUAGUGCUACUGAGUAUUAUUUUUGCUUUUACAAAGAUUUGCCGUUAUAGGCAAGCGACCAAACUACGCAACGAUCGAUUGAGAAUUACGUACCCAAAAAUUUCCGAAAACGUUUACGAUGCGAGAUCUACAUUUAGGUUAGGAAAUGACAGUUACGCCGGCAUCAAUAACAGCUUUAAGAAGACUUAUGGAUUGGUGGACAAAACAUGAUGGUGGUUUAAGGCAAUCUUCUUGCCACACAAUACAUCUGUAUAUAAUGUUACAAAUAUUGAGGCCGAAUCAAUGAUUUGGUAAAAAAUAUGUAGAAUUUCAUACAUGAUAGAUAAGGUUUUUUUUGUAUUUCUGAUUCUGAUAUACUUUUUGUACUAUACCUACCAUCUACUUUCAUUCAAUAAAAAAUGUAAAGACUGUA